CUUUUUCCUUAUUGAUUGAUGAAAGUAUCUAGUGCCGUCAUUCCUCUGUUAUUCGGAAUCCUAAACGCAGUAUUCGCUCAGAGCCAAGAGAACGAUGACUGUUUCAUUACAGCGCCCAUGCAGGGGACCAUUCUCAAAAUCGGCGAGCAAAUUACGGUGUCUUGGUCAAGCGCUCACGACGCUAAAUUUAAUGCCAUCACAUUAACACGCAAAGGCCCCAAAGUGGGAGCCGCACAAAACGACAAUAGCCACAACAUCAAAUAUGUUGGCAGUGACGUGGAUACAGCACCAGGAAAAUUCACUUUUGCACUCUCUCCCGAUUUUGCUCCCAGUGAUGAUUAUUAUCUGACGCUGGGUGAAGGCCUUCAUGAAUGCACUGUGGGUCCACUCCGACUGAUGCCCGGUAAAUAGAAAAGAAGAAAAAAGGGCUCUGGCCUCAUCCUGUUACUUACUGCAAAAACUGUCACUUUGCUUUAGCUGCCUUGGUGAAUAAUACGCCAGACACACGUGUUUCAGCUAAAAUUUCGCAUCAAGUCUACGGUUACUCGGCUGCAGCUACAGGAGCCUUGGCAGGUAACUAGAUCGUGGUGUGAAGCUACGAGAGUAAAAGAUUGUUUAAAUGUUGGCCUCUCUGUAGACCGUCCAACCCGGGAAAUGCAGCAGAAGGAAGAUGCGAUGAUGAUCGAUAGAACAAAGAAAGAAGGAAUCACGAACAAAAUGCCAGGUUCAGAAAUUACAAGCGAUGGCAUGGGUAGAUCCCAGUAUGUCGUACCGGGUAUCAUGGCUGCAUUUACACUUGCCUCGGCCUUCAUGGUCUCCAUGAGUUAAAAAAAAAAACAAUGCUAAUCAGUGAAU